UUUGGUACAUGCAAAACUCACGUCAUGACAACCACGUAUUCUACAUUCGAAGCUUUCAGGCCCCAUUUCAACGCGCUCGCCAAUGUGGCCUAUUUCAAGAUAGUCCCUAAACCAUCGUCUGGAUUAAAGCAUACAUUGCACACCGCAUAUCGCGCGUUUGUAUGGUUUUUGGUUAUAAUUUACAACUUGCAGCAUGUCAUACGCGUUAUUCAGGCACGCCACAGCACGGAGCAAGUAGUGAACUCGCUGUUCGUUCUUCUGACCACGUUCAACACGCUGGGGAAGCAGAUGGCUUUCAACUCGCGCGUCGAGCGCAUGGACCGACUCAUCGCUACUAUAGAAGGACCUCUGUUCACGGCUUGUAACGCCUACGACGAGAAGGUGUUGCGCAGUAACGCUUGGAUCAUGUCUCGAAUGCUGAUGAUGUACCACGGUUCUAUCUACCUAUGCGGCGCCAUGUGGGGGAUCUCCCCGCUGGUUACCAAGCUUUCGGGCGAGGUGGAACUCACUGGGUACUUCCCGUUCGACACCAGCGACUGGAUAGGGUUUGGAAUAGCAGUAGCAUUCAACACAAUAGCGAUAACAUUGCAAGGCUACGGCCAUGUGACUAUGGACUGCACGAUCGUUUCCCUGCACGCCCAGACCAAGACCCAGCUGCAGAUGUUGCGCAACAGUCUCGAACACCUGGUGGACCCUGUGGGAGAGACGGGGAGGGAAAUACGUGUUCGGUCGACGGAUUAUAAGGAUAUUGAAGAUCCAGCGUUCGGGGUGGUGCUGAAGAAAAGACUAACGCGCUGUGUAGAGCACUACAAACUGAUAGUGUGGUUCCACUGUGAGGUAGAAGCGCUGUUCGCCGAGGCUCUGAUGUUCCAGUUUUUUGUUGUUGCCUGGGUAAUUUGCAUGACAGUUUACAAGAUCGUUGGUUUAAGUUUGCUUUCGGCGGAAUUUUUUAGCAUGUUUGUGUAUCUCGGCUGCAUGAUGGGACAGCUUUUCAUCUAUUGUUACUAUGGGACUCAGGUCAAGGCUGAGAGCGAGUUUAUCAACCACUCUAUCUACCGGUGCGAUUGGGUGUCGCUCUCGCCCCGGUUCCGCGCACUGCUGUUAAUCCUGAUGUCAAGAGGUAUGCGGCCCGUGGCGCCGCGCAUCGCCCGCAUCAUCCCCAUGUCUCUCGAGACCUACAUUUCGGUGCUGCGCUCAUCUUACACGCUGUUCACGUUUUUAGAACGAAAGUAAACAAACUAUAGUUAUCUUCAAUCAAUCGUAACAUUUGCAACAGCUGUUGUUGGUUACGUUAGCA